AUGCAACAACAUAAUGGAAACAUUCAGCAGUAUCUGCAGCAAUCCUCAUUAACAGGAGCUGGCGGAAACCCUUUAACAUCUUCUCUUCAACCUGGUCCCAACAAUAAUAUGAACGCGUUGUCUCAACAUUUUCCUGCUAUGAACCGUGGUGCUGGAGGAAAUAAUGCAGACCCUUUUGUGUACGCUCAAAUGAUGAAUAACGGUGUUGGCUCUCAGGGUAUGCCGAUGUCAGCCAACUUUGUCUUGCAGCAACAACAGCAGCAGCAACAACAACAACAGCACCAGCAGCACCAGCAAGACCAUCAGGCUGCUCAAAAGAUGCAACAAUUAGAUGAGGAAAAAAUUUACGGGCUUGUAUUAGAUUUACUCAACCCUUCCUCGAGAGAGCAAGCUCUGUUAGACUUGAGCAAGAAGAGAGAGCAGUACGAGGAUUUAGCAUUGGUUUUGUGGUAUUCCUAUGGUGUUAUUCCUGUUCUUCUUCAGGAGAUUGUUACAGUCUAUCCUCUGUUGACCCCUCCUACAUUGAGUGGUGGAGCUUCUAACCGAGUCUGCAAUGCUCUCGCCCUUCUCCAAUGUGUAGCUAACCAUAACGAAACAAGAAGCUUGUUUCUCCAAGCUCACAUCCCUCUUUACCUCUACCCAUUUUUGAACACGACAAGCAAAACUCGACCUUUUGAAUAUCUGAGAUUGACAAGUUUGGGUGUCAUUGGAGCUUUGGUCAAGAACGACAAUCCCGAGGUGAUUAGCUUUCUUUUAUCCACUGAGAUCAUCCCUCUCUGCCUUCGUAUCAUGGAGACUGGUAGUGAGCUAUCCAAAACUGUGGCUAUAUUUGUGGUUCAAAAGAUCCUUUUGGAUGAGACAGGAUUGUACUAUAUUUGCCAAACCUAUGAGCGUUUUUACGCUGUAGCUACUGUAUUGCACAACAUGGUCAAUCAACUCGUAGAAAGUCAAGCUAUGCGUCUUUUGAAGCACGUAAUCCGCUGCUACCUUCGACUUUCUGAGAACCCAAGAGCACGUGAAGCUUUGCGUCAGUGUCUCCCUGAGCCUCUUCGAGACUCCACUUUCCAUCAAGUCUUGAAAGAUGAUGUCGCUACCAAGCGCUGUCUUGGUCAAUUGUUAAUCAACCUCUCAGAAGGAGCCAAUUAA